AAAUUAUAAAAAUAUUGAUUUAGGGUUUUAAAAAAAUUUGUAAAUGAAUAAAUAGAGAGGUAAAUUUUUGUUGAAAUGUGGGGCGUUUUUGGAGAUAGCUUCAUUUCUUCCAAGCAGAAUGUAAAAGAAUCAGAAUCUGUAAGUAAAAUAAGACUAAAGCUGGAAGAUAUUCAAGAGGCCCAUCAUCGAAUUAAAGAUCAAAUUAGAGUUACGCCAUUGAUUGAAGCAAAAUAUAUAGGAAAUAACUUCUGCAACGUUUAUUUAAAAUGUGAAAAUCUGCAGAAAACUGGAAGUUUUAAAGCUCGCGGUGCUUGCAACGUUAUCGAAAGCCUUCAACUAAAAGAUAAAAGUAAAGGAUGCACCGUGUCAGGCGGCCGCAAUUUUCUUUCUGCAAUGAGUUAUUAUGGAUUUACACAUUCCGUCCCUAUCAACAUAGUGUUACCUAAGGACCAUCAGAUAUCUGAUAGACAACGAUAUAAAGAAAAUUUCGCUAUAAUUAAAAUGUAUGGUAAUGAUGCAAAUGAUGCCAGUCUACAUGCUCUAACAUAUAGUGGAGAGAUAGGUUCAAACUACGUUCACGGGUCAGAUAGAUUGGAUCUUUUAGCAGGAUACGGAACGCUGGGCUUAGAGAUACUUUCGCAAACAGACAAAAUUGACGCUAUAUUGUGUCCUGUGGGGACCGGAGGACUCGUUGCCAGCGUUUUGUUAGCUGUAAAAACAUUAAAACCCAAUUGUUUAAUCUACGGUGUAGAAUGUGCAUCGGCACCUACAAUGUCUAUAGCAUUACAAGAGAAGAGGCCAGUUCCGAUCCAAAUAAAACAAAAUAUAGCCGAUAGCCUUUCUGAAGUUAUUGCUAGUAAUAAUGCUUUUAACAUCAUACGUGGAUUCCUUGAUAAGAUGAUAACCGUUGAUGAGACUUGGAUUUCCAGAGCAAUGCUUCAUUUAUUUGAGCGGGAAAAAAUGGUUGUGGAGGGUGCUGCUGCUUGUCCCGUUGCAGCAAUCAUGGCGGGAAAGAUGUCAGAGCUCAAGGGAAAAAAUGUUGUUGUAAUAUUGUCGGGUGGUAAUAUAAACUGUAGUCGUAUACCCCGUGUAAUUGAACGCGGCUUACAAGCGGAGGGAAGACUGAUGAUGAUAACGGUUACUCUGAACGACUCGCCCGGCGGCAUUGCCAAACUUGUUGCUAAGGUGACGGAUGCAGGGGCUGAUGUCAAAAAUAUGAUCACAGAAGGCCCUUGGAUGCGAAGAGAUAUUACCAGUGUAACGGAUGAUCCUGAAGUGGAAAAUGUGAUACCACAUAUUUUGUCUUUCAAUGAAAUCAAACAAGCUGUAGAAAGAAUCGACGAUGGAAUCAUUCACACACCUCUCUGUGAAGCAAAAAUUAGUAAAUAUAUGGAUUAUAACAUUUAUUUAAAAUGUGAAAAUUUACAAUACACAGGCAGUUGCGCAGAGCGCGGAAUUCGAAAUGUUUUCGUUGCAAGGGGUGAAGAAUUGAGCGAAUGUGGUGUAAUAGUGCCUUCAAAUGGAAAUAUGGCGUUAGGAGCAGCCUACCAUAGUGGAACAUUGGGGAUACCGGUAACUGUAGUUCUGCCGGAUCGCGCGCCCCCGGCACACGCCCAACGUUGUUCGGAACUUGGUGCAGACGUUGUUCUUUACGGAGAGAAUGUAGAUGAUGCAUGCAAUUACGCGAAGAAAGUCAUUCGCGAUAGCCAUCAAGUUUUACUUAGUUCUGAUGAUCCAUUAGUAAUGGCGGGUCUUGGCUCCGUGGGAGUAGAGAUAAUCACGCAGUUGCCAGAAACCGAUGCUGUGAUAGUGCCGGUUGCAGCAGGUGGCCUGUUAGCAGCUGUACUAGUGGCUUGCAAAAAACUUAAGUGCACGUGUCUUAUUUAUGGAGCCGAGUGCGCUAAAGUUCCAAAAAUGAUGAGAGCUCUGCAGGCUGGACGACCAGUCAAUGUCCAGACUGUACCAAAUUUAGCACAAAACUUGAAUGCGUCCUCUGUGGGCCCCAACGCAUUUGCUACUAUCAAAGGCAGACUGGAUAGAAUGCUUGUGGUCGAUGAAAGUUACAUAGCAAAAGCUAUCAUAAGCAUGUUGGAACGCGAGCGAUUAGUUGCGGAUGGCGCUGGCGUGUGUGCAUUAGCUGCGGUUAUGCAAGGGCUAGUGCCGGAACUCAAAGGCAAAAGGGCGGUCUGCGUAAUAAGCGGUGGCAAUAUAGAUUCUGGUCGGCUCUCUCGUACGAUUCAAAGGGGCCUAGGCGCUACAGGGAGACUACUAAGAUUUGCGGUAGCCGUGCCAGAUCACCCAGGGGGAUUGGAACAACUUUCGAAAACAAUUGCUGAUGAACAUGCAGUGUUAAAGAGCCUCGUCACUGAACAGAUGUGGGUCCAUAGCGAUGUAGGAGCUACUUGGGCUAAUGUUGUGGUGGAGACUUCAAAUGAAGAACAUUCAGUUAAUUUUAAAGAUCGUAUCAGAGAUCUUUAUCCAACUAUAAGAUUUGCUAUGGAUGUUGAUACCAAACACAGAAUAAAUGCACGCUGAGAUAAUUGACAAAAAAUAGAGCAAUAUAUGAAACAAACUUAAAAAAAAUGUUUUCAAAUUGGUUAUCAAUGUUAUUUUUAAAAAUUUCUGUUUAUGUAUUUGUACACUG